AUGAACAGCCCAGAGAUAACAGGCGAGAGAGCAGAGCCCUGCCCGACACCCACAGCGGCCUACAAGAAGAAGGUCGACGGAGGGGUCAAGGGGACACUGCGCCAACACUCCAUCUCCUGGGGGUGGGCCGUCCCUGAGUCAGACUCAUCUGCGGACGAAUGGGCGGACCCUGUGGUGGAACGGGACCUGCGGCGGAGUGACGUGUGGCGAGAUCGAGCUGGCACAAAUGUCGAGUAUGUGGCCCUAGUCGAGGUAGGGUCUGGUGAGAUUGGCGAGGCACCACCGCUAAGAGACGAUGUGCCAGCGACCCAGGAUAGGCGCCCAUACCUUGACGAGCUCAUCGCGAAAGCAAGGGCUGACCCUCUAACAGUACUGGCUGCAACUGAUGGCUCUGUCCCUCAGUCCAACCAGUAUCAGGCGGCUUCGGCUGCCAUCAUCUACAAGGGACAUUGUGAGCUCGAAAGGACGUGCUAUGUCUCUGGCAGAGUUACCGCCCCAGAUGCGGAACUCAAUGCCAUCUUGUGUGCAGUGUGCCUUGCCAUCAAGCAGGUGAACUGCCAACAUAUUAUGGUCUUCACUGACUCUAUGGGCUCGGCCCAUAGAGUGGUCGACCCUUCCGUGCACUCUGGUCAGGCUUUUAGCCUGUCAGUCUGUCGCAUGCUCCAAGAGUGGUUCGAAGCGGAUGACCUCCGCCGCAUCACCUUUGUCUACGUCCCAUCUGCUCUGCGAUGGGAUAUUCAUGGUGAGGCACACAAGUACGUCACCGAACUCAAAGUCAGGGUUGGACGUCGGAAGACGGACAACUCAAUGGAUGCGCUACGCUCACGAGCGGCGCACUCAGUCCUGGAUUCGUGGAGCUCCACUUUCCAAGAUCCAACCUACCAAGGCUCUGAAUUCUUAGAGCUUCAACAGCCUGACGGGCGGCUGCUACAGCCAUCGUACCUCAAUGGGGGACCUUGGCUUUCAACAUUCGGACACAGUAUCACUGAGUUCGCUCGUGUUUGCCAGUGUAUAAUUGGCCACGUGCCCAUUGGAGUGUAUUACCGUCGCUUCAAGAUCAAUGAGCCUCAUGGCUGCACUUGCGGGGCUGCUCUGCAGUCACGCCAGCACAUUCUCUUUCGCUGUCGUGAUCGCUACUCCGUGCAUUACCCCCGCUUUCUUGGGGAUAUUGCAUCUUUUAUGAAGUACAACCCUACUGCGUUUGGCUUCAACCAGGACCCUUCAGGUGUUGGAUAA